GAAAGAGCUGGCGAGCGUAUAGGUGUGCGUGGGUUCCUUUAAGAGCCCUCGCUCUUUCCUCCUCACGUGCUCGAUCAGCUGACCCGGUGACGCUCUAGGGGGGAAACUCUCCCUGUUCCUGCAACAUAGGACGCGCUGCUGCUGCUGCCGCCGCUGCUCGCCCGGGCUGGGAUUGUCGAUCCGCCCUCUCUGCCGGCUCCUGGAGCGACGAGCGGCAGCGCUGCCACCGGGGCGGGCUGGAACCGAGCGAGGGAGGGCAGCGCCGGGGGCAGAGCAGGCGAGGACGCCGGAGGACCCAGCUCUUGGCUAGGCAAGAAGCGAGGACCUCCCCGGGUAGCUUCCUGCCAGCGGCUUUAUAACCCUGGGGCUCCCCGAGAUUUAUCCCUCCCGGAGAGCCUCCCCGUCUUCUGAUCAGCAGGACUCGCCUCUUGAGCUGCCUUUCUGCUCGUGUCCGCCUUCCCUGAGGCUCCUGGAGAGGAGGAGCCGGCUGCUCGUGUGACCUAUUAACGCCUAAUCCCCAAUUGUUACCCCCCCAGUUCAUGGAUUAUCUGAAAAUGUCUGAAUGUAUCCAGCUUUCAUUUGCUGUUUGUAGAAUUGGCAUUUACACGUGUUUUCGAGCGCUUUGCUGCAAAGGACCUCCGCCACCUCGACCAGAAUAUGACUUGGUUUGCAUAGGUCUCACUGGCUCUGGCAAGACGAGUCUAUUGUCACAACUCUGCAGUGAGAACAGAGAGACGAUAGUGUCCACAACAGGCUUUUGCAUAAAAGCAGUGCCAUUCCAGAAUGCCAUCUUGAAUGUAAAAGAACUUGGAGGAGCUGACAAUAUCAGGAAGUACUGGAGUCGUUACUACCAAGGAUCCCAAGGAGUAAUAUUUGUAUUAGACAGUGCCUCUUCAGAAGAUGAUUUAGAAAUUGCUAGAAACGAACUGCAUUCUGCACUUCAGCACCCACAGUUAUGCACUUUGCCAUUUUUGAUAUUGGCCAAUCACCAGGAUAAGCCGGCAGCUCGUUCAGUACAAGAGAUCAAAAAAUAUUUAGAGCUUGAACCACUUGCACGAGGGAAGCGCUGGAUACUUAAACCCUGUUCCUUGGAUGAUAUGGAAGCAGUAAAAGACAGCUUCGGCCUGCUGAUAAAUUUACUAGAAGACAGAGAUCUUGAGCCUUCAAGAAUGUGAAGAAAACUAGGAUGGUUCUCAGAUGUCAUGGUUGUACCUGGUUGUCUUGCUCUUGGCUAAAUUAUGGUUUGGUGUAGAGAAAAAAUGUGUUUUGUCAUUUGGUUUUGGAAAGCCUGUUUUCAAGUUCUGUGAAUCAGCUAUGAUUCUUUGCCAUAAAGUUGUCUGUACUACUGAAUGGGGAGUUCUUGUUCACCAACAAAUCUGCUCAUUGUAUGCCAUUUUCUUGCAUUGUCAUUAGAAGAACCUUAAUGUGAAUUUUGCUGCAUGUACAAAACUUAAAACCAGCUAGUAAUGGACGCCAAAACUACGUGGAAAUGAUAGUCACCGAGAACAAGACUAAAUCUUGACGCCUAUGAAUGCAUUUUAUGCAAAAAAAACUAAUCAGAAGCCUUACUGAAUACAAGAACCUUUAGAACUUUGAGUUUUAUUUUUAUUUUUUAGAGAGGCUAACCAUUAAUUUAGCAGGAGGUGAGAAAAGACAAUGGACAUAUCAGUAUUUUGUUGUGAACUAGAAAGCCGCUUAUGAGUAAAAAAAAAUAAAAUGUAAAUGUAAGUUAAGCUGAUGAUUGUAUAAAAUGGUGACAAAAUGGAGGAUAACUUUGGGUAAAAAAUAUGGAGCAAGAACAAGGUUUAAAUAAUCACUGGAUGCAUUCCACAUAACUAGUAUUAUGCUAGACCUCCAUUCCACUAAGCCGCGGGAUCAUUUUUUUAAAGUCAGCGUCUUUGAAUCACACUCAAAAGCUUGUCUGCGUUUCUUAACUGCCCCUAUUUUCAGGGGUUUAGAUUUGUUUCAAACAUUGUCCUAGACACAAUAUUAGUAGAAAAUUUUUUUUUAUCCAGAGCAUAGGAUGUUUUAUUGUGUUUUCUCUGUUAUUGUUUUUAUAUGUGUGACAGCACUCCAUUUAGUUUCAAGAAUGUACUCCUUUCCAGAUUUAUUCUGUGCUGAGGCCUGCGGAGUACUUCAAAACUUAAAACUGCCUUGGUUUUGGAAAUACUGGCCAUAAUAUAGUAACAGAUAGCUCUUUAUCCAUUUAAUGUGUACCUUAUAUGUCUACCAAAAAUAGUCCUUGAUAGAAUAGCUGUUAUUUAAGACAUAAAUUUCAUUUCUGAAAUUUUUGCUUGGUUUCAUUUUUGUUUUGUUUUGUUUCAAAGGUAAAUGUUGAAUAUCUUGUAAAGAGUUGCUUUAUAUUUGUAUAAUUUACUCUAGAAUACUAUUGAGAUGAAGUUAUCACAUCGUUCCUUAACAUAAAAUGUUCUUUAAUCUGGGACACUCCUUUUUUAUAGAGACUAAAGGAGUCUUUUUUCUUAGAUUCUGGAAAACAGGCAUCCCAUCUAUAUCUCUGAUCAUUUCUUAUGAAGGAUGUUGUAUUCUUUAGCAGUGGUGAAGCUUCUAUAAAGAGGGCAUUUGAGUGUGGUUGUAGAGCGAGAAUUUGAAGUGACUAGAGGACCAGAAACUCUUGCAACUAAAGCUAUUGUCAUGAUUUUUAUCAUCACUGCUUACUGGAGUUUUGAAUUUCAAAAACAGUUACACUCAUGAGUCCUCUUAGUUCCGUAGAAAGAAACAAAGGUUAUAGGCUGUUGUUAUUUUUUGCCGACACAAUUGAUUCCUGAUUUAUUUUUGGCACAGAAAGAGUAAGCCACAAAAAAUCCUAGGUGUGGUUAAAAAUAAGAAGAUAAAAUGCAACUGAUUUCAUGUCUCUUGUGGACCAAAUUUAUAGGAGGAAAGAUGGACCCAUUGUCAUCACUUCAUAAGGAAAUGUCUUAACCAAAAAACAUGGCUGAUAUUGUUAAAGAGGGCUUUCUUUCUACUUGUUAUAAUGAGGCCGUCACUAUCCACUGCUGUUAUGCGUUGUGAAACUGUGACAGAAGAUGAGCACAACUGUUGAAAUUGAAAACAAAACUUCAGCUACAUAAUGCAAUGUGAAUUAUAGAUGGUGUUGUGAUCCUGUGUAGACUUACUUGGGAGUAAGCCUCAUUGAGCUUGUUCAGACCUUGUGAUAAAAUACAUAUGGGGUUGGUUUCAAAAUUCUUUGGGAAAUAUCUAACUUACCGGAAAAUAGCAUUUUUGAAACUAUUUUCACCAGAAAAAGUUCCUUGUUUCAGAGGGUGAAACCAUAUCACAGAUCUGCUAGAGGACAUCCUUUUUUCUUAUAUAUUGAUGGGUCCGCGAUGUAACUGGAUUUCAACAUGUUAAUAAAGUUUUUAAAUCUUUGAA